GGCUUCAUCAGAUCUUUUUUCUCGGUUCUUCAGUUUCUCUCUCUCUGGCCCGCUUUCUGCUGAAGAUCGGCCGGAACCUGGCGCAUUUUCCGGCGAGAUCCUGUCCUUGCCUACCGAUCAUUCCGGAGAGUGCCGGCAGGCUUCUCUCUGCUCCUGGUGGUGUUUAGUGCUCCGGUACCGUCCAAUCUUUUUCGACAGGAUUGUGUAUGUGGGAGUAAGGAUUUGAGGACCUUCGAAGGAUGACAUCAAGGGUUCAGGAUUCUAGGGCUUUCCUCUGGGCUCUCGUUUGGCGAUAAUGGUGCUGAGUUGGUAGAUCUUGCAGUUUGCGGGUGAUUUUUUCCGUUCUGGCCGAGGCGGGAAACCCUAGCCCGUUGAAAUCGGCGAGAUCUUCGCGGCUUUGCUGUCUUCGGUGAGAGACUGGUGGCCGCGCUUUCGUCUCUGCAGAUUCUCCUGGUUUCCAUGUACAUUUUGUGAAGGAGUCUAUCUAUUUCGUGAGGCACGCAGAGAUUGUUGGUUAUUUGGCGGCGGAUCGCCGUAUUUGGCAAUGGAGAUGAAGCACUCACCUUCAUCUCAGCCACUCAUUUCCUUCACCCUUCUCUGCCUCUUGCUGAUUUCACUGGUGAUACGUUCUUCCUCUUCCUUUGUCCCGAUAGACAACAUCCUUCUGAACUGCGGUGCGUCUUCUGAUGACAACGAUGGGGACAACCGCCGGUGGACCGGCGACGCGAAUUCUCUUUUUGCGCCUGCAAAUUCUGCCAAUACUUUCGCUGCUCAGGCUGCGAGUAUGGACCCUUCCCUACCUUCCGAUAUCCCCUUCAAAACUGCUCGGAUCUUCACUUCUGUUGCCUCCUAUAACUUCUCUCUCUCUAACGGACGUCAUUUUGUGCGCCUUUAUUUCUACCCUUCUUCCUACAACAACCGAGAUGCUCAAACCGCCGUCUUCUCGGUUCAGUCCGGACCUUUUACUCUGCUGAGUAAUUUCAGCGCUUCUAUAACUGCUUUGGCCCUCUCUCAGGCGUACAUUAUCCGUGAAUUCUUCAUCACCGUGUCUGCUGGCUCUCUUACACUCACCUUUACCCCCUCCCCGAACGUCCCAAAUUCCAUUGCCUUUGUUAAUGGCAUUGAGAUUGUCUCCUCACCAGAACUUUUUGGUUCCGAUCCGGACAAUUCUUCAACCCUUGUUGGUUCGGGUACCCAAUACCCUAUAUCUGUUUUCUCUGCUCUUCAAACUGUUAAUCGGUUAAACGUCGGUGGGCAGUACAUAUCUCCUAUUGCAGACUCGAACCUCUCUCGUGUCUGGUACGAUGAUUCUCCUUAUAUCUUUGGCGCUGGAUUUGGAGUUUCAUAUUCCAAAGAUCCCAAUAUAACUAUUCGCUAUCCACCGGCGGUCCCUGACUACAUCGCUCCAGCUGAUGUGUAUUCGACUGCUCGUUCAAUGGGACCUAAUUCAAGUGUAAACAUGAAUUACAACCUCACGUGGUUCAUCAGAGUGGACAACGGAUUUUUUUACAUGCUGAGGCUCCAUUUCUGCGAGAUUCAGUCGGAGUUCUACAAAAUCAACCAGAGAGUGUUUAACGUGUUUGUUAAUAAUCAGACAGCAGGUUCCCAAUUGGAUGUAAUUGCCUAUGCAACGAACGAGGUUCCGAGUAACUAUGGUGGUGUGCCUGUUUAUAGAGACUAUGCGAUCUUUGUAUCUGGUGAUGUUGGUGGACAGAGCAAUCUAUGGAUAGCACUGCAUCCUUCUGACGGUUCUGCGCAGUAUGAAGAUUCAAUUCUUAAUGGGCUUGAGGUCUUCAAGGUCAAUGAUUCCUCUGGUAACCUCGCCGGUCCAAAUCCCGCCUUGCCGCCAGCCCAACCGCCGUCUUCAUCAGUAAACGAUACUCCCCAAACCAAAAAUGGAGCUGCAAAAGGCCCGGUUGUCGGCGGUGUUGUCGGCGGUAUAGCAGUCAUCGCUGUUGGAGCUUGCAUCUGCUUUUUCUUAUUUAGGCGGCGGAAGCAGGCGAAGGCGGGCAAAGGAAGCGACAGUGGUCCAUCUGGGUGGCGGCCUUUGUCACUCUACUCCCAUACUGGAAAUGGCAAGUCGACCACAAUGUCCAGUACAUCGACGAGCUCCGGGAAGACCGGCGCUACCGGCAGCUACACAUCCUCUCUUCCUUCCAACCUGUGUCGCCAUUUCACAAUCUCCGAGAUCAUCGCAGCCACCAACAACUUUGAUGAAUCCCUCCUCCUUGGUGUUGGUGGUUUCGGGAAGGUUUACAAGGGUGAUGUUGAUAAUGGCACGAAAGUGGCCAUCAAAAGAGGGAACCCACUUUCCGAACAAGGAGUUCACGAGUUUCAGACUGAGAUUGAGAUGCUCUCUAAACUCCGCCACCGCCACCUGGUCUCUCUGAUUGGCUACUGCGAGGAUAACUGCGAGAUGAUUUUGGUUUAUGACUACAUGGCUCAUGGAACCCUGCGUGAACACCUCUACAAGACAAACAAGCCACCGCUGUCCUGGAGACAGAGAAUGGAGAUCUGCAUUGGUGCAGCCCGCGGAUUGCACUAUCUCCACACCGGUGCCAAACACACCAUCAUACACAGAGAUGUCAAGACCACAAACAUACUCCUCGAUGAGAAAUGGGUUGCCAAGGUUUCCGACUUUGGGCUGUCAAAAACCGGUCCCGCCAUGGAUCACACCCAUGUGAGCACAGUCGUCAAGGGCAGCUUCGGCUAUCUUGACCCAGAGUACUACCGCAGGCAGCAGCUCACGGAUAAAUCCGAUGUCUAUUCCUUCGGAGUCGUCUUGUUUGAGGUGCUCUGCGCACGCCCUGCCCUUAACCCUGCACUGCCCAAGGAGCAGGUCAGCCUGGCCGAAUGGGCACUGCAUUGUCAAAAGAAGGGGAUUCUGGAGCAGAUCAUUGAUCCCUUCUUGAGAGGGAAAAUCGCACCCGAGUGCUUCCGCAAGUUCGCGGAAACAGCAGAGAAAUGUGUGGCAGACCAAGGAACAGAUCGGCCAUCCAUGGGAGACGUUCUGUGGAAUCUAGAAUUCGCUCUGCAGCUGCAGGAAAACGCCGAGGAGGCGCACAAGAAGGGGGUGGGCUCGGGUUUCAUUGGGGAGGGUGACGAUGAGAUAAUGGAGUUCUCUGGCGUUGGGAAGAAGGUGGACGAAGUCGGAGGGUUCGACGGCCUAACAGACACUCAGACCACCGGAGUGAGCCUGGGCGGGCGGAGCCUGGCCAGCGAAGAUUCAGAGGGCCUGACUCCAAGUGCUGUGUUUUCCCAGCUAGUGGAUCCCAAGGGCCGGUGAUCACCAACAUCACAGUGAGAGAGGAACCAUUUCACUCGUUGACCAUCAAAACGUGUAAGCUAUUGGUUUUCUGAUGCUUUCUUUGGAGUAAAUUCUAGAUUUUUCGUAUCUGCUUGUCAUGGUAUAAUACUGAAACCACUCCGCAUGCAUGUUGCGAGCCUGUGACGUUAUGGUUUUUUUUUUAUUUGUUUCUUUGGAGACUGUAUUUAGUCAAUUAAUAUUUAUUUGGACUACUCAACUUUUGUAGAUUAAUUCUGAAAGCAACCCUUUUCAGAUAGUCACUGAUUCAAGUGACAGUUAACUUA